CAGAGCGCGCGAGGCUGGAGGUCGGAACGCCGAGCGCUGUUCAUGUGUGCGUGUCCACACGGGAUAACGGCGCCGUACGAGACGGACAGACAAAAGAUCGCCGGAGACGUUGAGUUGCAGCGGCGGAUGCCGAGGAUGAACGGCCAGAGAGAAGAUUAAAGUUUGACGGAAGCGAGAAUCCAGUUAAAGCUCUUAUUCUGUCCAGACUCUCCGGAUGCCAAUGGAAAACUUUAACUGGCCGAACACAUCAUCACUUGAGGCAGAAUGCUGACGGGACUCAUGAACCGGCCUGCAGUGUGAACUUCUUAUUUUGAUAUGAGCAUCACACCAGCUCUCUGAAACGGUUUGGUCUUGAUCUGUUUCUUUAAUUUUUCACCUCUUACGGAUUCUUAUUAUAUGGGAAAGGGAGAGUAAAAUGAUGAACCGGGACAGAGCGGUACCGGGGCCCGGAGCGGACGGGGCCCAGACCGUGAUAAGCCGGGACAGAGCUGCGGCGGGGCCAGUGACGGACGCGGUACAGUCCGUCAUGAGCCGGGACAGAGCGCUACCGGCGCCCAGCGGCGGGGACGGCGUCCAAACGGUGGUGUGCCCGGACAGCGGAGACUUGCUAGAAGGAGGCGCCGGAGGAGAGAAGCGGCUCUUCUCCAGCGCGACUGCCGGAGGCAGAGAUGCUCAGGCUGUGGAGAACCACUCGGAACCUCCGCCGACGAACCCGGUAUUGCCACAGCCACAGCAGGGCCCCACCGGGCACCGGACAACCUCUUUCUCCGUGCUGGACAUCCUGGACCCCAACAAGUUCACGAGCAGCCGGAGACACCAGCAGCAGCACGUGAGCCACCGCGGCGACCGCGAGCAGAGCGUGUACGGAGCGGAGAACCGGAGAGGAGGCGGCGGGGACCGCGAGCCCAGCCUCGAGCCCAGUAAGGGCUGCUACGAUGCAGACGAAUAUCAGAGCAAGGAGGGCUUUGUAUACAGAAGUCCAGAUGAGGAGGACUACCACAGAUCUGGGACCCCAGACUCAGAGGCUGCAGACGGGCCCUACAGCAGCGAGGAGAGCAGCUCAGCUCUUCCCAGUAAUGGAGACAGAGAGCUCGGCCAGCACAGCCACCAGGACCCCAGCAGAGACACAAAGACCCCUAAUGGAGGCCCCACGAGCCAGAUCACCAAUGCCCAAACCAAUGGGGGCCAGGGCGCCAAGCCCAAGAGGAAACGUUCUGGCUCAGACUCCAAGUCGGGGAAGCCCCGCAGAGCCCGGACUGCCUUCACCUACGAGCAACUGGUGGCACUGGAGAACAAGUUCAAGUCCACACGCUACCUGUCAGUGUGUGAGCGCCUCAACCUGGCCCUGUCCCUCUCCCUCACUGAGACCCAAGUCAAGAUCUGGUUCCAGAACCGGCGGACCAAGUGGAAGAAGCAGAACCCUGGAGCCGACACCUCAGCCCCCACUGGCACGGGAGGAGCAGGAGGCACAGGAGGCACAGGGGGAGGAGCGGGAGGCCUGGGGAGCCUCAGCCCUCUGAGUCCGUCCCCUCCGGUCAGUGGGCACCUGGCCAUGCACACAGGCUACGCCAGCCACCAUCACCCCCCUGCUGGGAGCCUGGUCCAGCUGCCUUUCCUCACCGCCAGCCACGUCCUGUCUCCCUUCAUGCUAGGGACACAGAGUUACGCUGCACCCGCAUUCUAUAGCACACACCUGUAGAUACACACACACACACCUGUAGAUGUGUGUGCACACACAUACACACAGAGACACACAGACAUACAGACACACACACACAGACUGAAAUAUUCCUGUAUGAACUGCAGUGCAGCAUUCAGCUCUUCCCCCUUUUUUACUACCAGCAUUUAAAGGCUUUAAUUUUAUUUUGAUAGAAUGUUAAUAUCUUGCAGAACUGUACAUAAAUCUAUGUUCUAGCUCCCUAUUCUGAAUGCUGUUUUAAACACUGUAAUAGACAAAUAGUUGAUUUCUUUGUUUUUUUCUAAAGUCUGUAAAAAUAUUGAAUGUUUAUUUAAGACUUGAGGAAUUGCUUGAUCUAUUGUCAGUACCAUGUAACUCCAGCUGUGAUCGUUUUCAUUUCUGUUAUUUAUUGAGUUGGUUGACAGUUUCCAUGAAAUCCUUGGAUGUACUGAGUCCUCAGCUCAACAUGGUAUUGUCCUUUGAUAUUAAAA